AUGGAUGAUUUAGGUGAACAAUUGAGUGAGGGCCAUAAAGACGAUUACGACAAUGGAAUUGGCUCUGUGCCUGGAGGGUCUGGUUCCAACGGUAAGGGGAAGAGUCAAAGGACGUCGUUCAAUGAUUUUGUUAGAAAAUUGUUUCUAAUAUUGGAAUCAGAGGAAUAUACCAGCAUUAUAUCGUGGUCGCCUGAUGGUAAGAAUUUUAUAGUGCUAGACACGAAUAAAUUUACGACGGAUAUCUUGCCUAAACACUUCAAGCAUUCGAAUUUUGCGAGUUUUGUGAGGCAGUUGAACAAGUACGACUUCCAUAAAGUCAAGAGGAAGAAGAACGAAGUGUCUGAGGGGAUUCAAAACGCGUGGGAAUUCAACCAUCAGUAUUUUAGAAGACACGAUGAGGCAGGGUUGGAUAACAUUCGCAGGAAACCGUCAUCACAGAAGAAAAUACUGGUGGAUGAGAACUCCGUAAUAGUGAGGAAACUAGGUGGUGCACCCGGAGACGAUGGUGCCUUCAUUGCCGGUGACGAAGAAGGUAUGACUGCGAAGAUGCUUCUGAAAAACACGGUGAACAAGACCAAAUUCAACCAAUUAAAGCGGAAGGUGGAAGACAUGGAAAACCAGGUCCAGUAUCUAACAAAUGAGAAUCAUAAUAUGAAACUGGACCUUCAAAAGAUUCAGUCUAAGUACAAUAUGGCGUUGGAAAGUCUCCUUUCCACUGAAUCCUUUAACUCCCAAUUAAUUUCUAAUUUCCAAAUUCUUGUCGAUGCGUUAUCGCAGCAGGGUUUAAAAGUACCCGUAGGUUUAUCCUUCGAAAAAGGUAAUUCUCGUGCGGAUAAUAAGUCUCAUCAGCAACGUCAAAUAUCGGACUCAACCGGAUCAACACCCAAUGCAAAUAUCCCAGGGCUGUCGGUUAAUACUACGUUACAGAAACAGGAACCCAUUGAGCUACUUCCGAUGGACCAACAUCCUGUCUUGCGUCCAGGAUUCCACGUUUUACUUGUCGAAGACGAUUCUGUUUGUAUCCAACUCUGCUCCAAAUUCUUAAGAAAAUAUGGUUGCUCAGUGGAAGUGGUUACUGAUGGAUUAUCUGCCAUUUCCACGCUGGAAAAACAGCGAUUUGACUUGGUAUUGAUGGAUAUUGUUAUGCCAAAUUUAGAUGGUGCUACAGCGACAUCCAUUGUUAGAAGUUUUGAUAAUGAAACUCCCAUCAUUGCCAUGACAGGUAACAUCGAUGAUCAGGACUUAGUCACUUACUUACAACACGGUAUGAAUGAUAUCCUAGCUAAACCGUUCACAAAAGAUGACUUACACUCGAUGCUAAUACGAUACCUCAAAGAUCGGAUCCCGUUGUCUGAACAAAGACAAAAUUCUAAUAAUGACCCUAAAGCGUAUGUAGAGGAACCAAUGCUAAAGAAACCGCACAUAUAA